UUCGCGUGUUGAUAAAGCUAAAAAGAAGGAAAGAACUCGUUGAUCUUUUUACUCUUCCGUUGAGAAAAGAUGAAAAGUCAGAGAAGGGACGAAAGCUUCUUUCUCUCGUUCUCCUUAUGAAAUGCAGCGAUGAAAGAGUUCUCUAAUAGAAUAGAAUAAUUUAACUGUGAAAUUGACAGUAAUAACAGAGAACGGAGAGUACCGACGGAACGCAUAAAUGGAGCGACAUUAACCGGAGAUGAGGCUUCCUUCGAAAGGAUUAUCGAAGGUUUUCCUGUAUCCUUCUCAUAAUUUGAAUCCGUACCAAGAUAUACUAAAGUAAUAAUCCGUUGUACGAGCAGAGGUUAACAAUAAUAGAACGAUGCACUCCGAUGCCGUAUAAAGUUUCGAGUAAUAUUAGCUACCACCCGUCAAAUUGGUGCUGCCGAAAAAAGAAGAGUAAGGGAGAAAGGGAGGAAGGAAGGGAGAGAGAGAGAGGAAGAGAGAGAGAGAGAACAAGAAAAUACCCUACUCAUUGUCGUCCCUGGGGGACGAUGUUCGGGAUGAUAGUUCGGGCGUACUUCGUUAGGGUGAAGUUAAAAGGGGGCACCCUCGUGAAAAGGGCGGGGCCCGAUAGAAAGAGGGCCCCUCGAGAGAACCAACCCCUGGGUGGAGUUAGCAAUCGGUAUAUAUGCUCUGACAGGGGUGUCCGAGAUGCAGAACUCAAUGCAUCGUCGCACCGUCGACCAGCCAGACGAACUUUUCAGGCUAAGUGUUACGAACUUAUCGGGAUAUAUCGCAUUGUCGAGAAAAGUCAACGAUAUCGAAAAAAAAGAAAAAAAAAAAAACAGUGUAGCAGAAUCAAUGAACAAGCAAAUCUCGUGAAUUAAAUCGUCGCGUCGCAAGAUUCUCUAGUGAACUUCUCCAGGAUUUUCUUUUUUCAACGAGAUGUCUCGAAGUUUCCUCGUGGAUUCUCUCAUCGGCAACAACUCACCGCCGUCCUAUCCGUUGCCUUAUUACGGGAAUCAAUUGCCAAAUUACAUGUUCAACUUCUUCAAUCUGGGAUUAGGUUAUCAACCAAUUAGACCCGUUCCUAGAGCACCGGUGAUGCCUGUGGCACCAGUUCCUAUCAGUCCGUCGGCAAACGUGUCUUUACCUAUACCUGGACAAAGUCCACCUUCUCCUCUAAACGUCUCGACCAGCAGACUCUCAGAUGUCUCGGCGUCUAAUGAGUCACCGUCGCGCAAUAGCACUCCAACGCCACCACCGAAAUCACCAAGCUCCAUUUCGAAUAGCUCGAAGCGUAUCAGAACGGCAUUUACGAGCACACAAUUGCUAGAACUCGAACGAGAAUUUGCUUCGAAUAUGUAUCUCUCCCGUUUGCGUCGUAUCGAGAUUGCGACGAAUCUAAGACUUUCCGAGAAGCAAGUAAAGAUCUGGUUCCAAAAUCGAAGAGUCAAGUACAAGAAAGAGGAUCUACCGUCGGGACAGAAUCAAAAGUGUUGUUGUUUACGUACAUGCGGUAGAAAGAAAGAAGGCUGUACAGACGGUUUGCAGAAUCGACGGUGCGAUCAGGAGGAAGAACAGGAUGGAAGGUCCUCUGAUACCACUUUGACUACAACGUCGACCUCACAAACGCGAGAAGAAUCGAGCGGUUCGAUCGAACUUAUGGUUCGUCGUGAGUAUGAAUCGCCGAUUCGAAAGACCGAACGCUUCGAAAUAUCUUCGCUUUCGAGACAAACGGAAGACUCGCCAUUUCCUGGCGAACCCGAUGAAAAAUUGAAUUUUCGAAGGAUCGAGCCGUUUCACGAGCGAACGAAAGAGGAGACGAACGAACAGCAUUCGUCCGUUGGCUGCAAAAGAAAUACCGAGGAUGAAUAUGACAGGACGGAUAAGAGGAGAAAAAUGGACCUACCACCGACCAUGCAUCAGAGUACGGAGCAUAGAGACUCAAUCUCUAGACCGGUGUUUGACAGCUUGUCUCGCACCAAACAUACCGUGGACAGAAUCGUUAAUUCUUAAAAAAGUGGAAUAACGUUUCGGAAAGCUUUCGAAAAUGUUUCCAAAGAAUCGAUAAACUAAAAUAUCGACGAACGAACAAUCGAAACUGGUGGAACGACAAAUUUUGUACGCCACAUUAUGUACAUAUAUAUAUGUAUAAAUAUUUAUAUAGUCACGGUUUGUGAAUAUUGUAGAUAUA